AGAUUCACUAUGGCUUUCAAAAUACACGUUAACAGUCCAAAUGUCAAGUACAAUGAUGAAUUCCUUGAAGCUAAUUAUGAAUAUCAUACAACAAAAGUCACCAAAAUGGAUGAUAAACAGCUCAAAUAUAUGGCAACUCCUAUAUCCACAAAGUUAAUUAUAAGAACAGAAUUGACUAUACCAAAACUUGGUGUCAUGUUAGUGGGAUGGGGCGGCAACAAUGGUACAACAUUUACUGCAGCACUGCUAGCCAACAAAAUGAACUUGAGCUGGAACACCAAAGAUGGAUCAAAGAAAGCUAAUUGGUAUGGCUCCAUCACACAGUCAUCAACUGUUAGACUUGGCAGUGGGGGUAGCGAAGAUGUCCAUGUACCGAUGUCAUGGAUGUUACCAAUGGUAGAUCCUAAAAACAUUGAAAUUGAUGGAUGGGACAUUUCUAAUAUGAAUUUAGCUGAUGCUAUGGAACGCGCAAAAGUGAUCGAUUAUAAUCUCCAGAGUCAGUUAAAGCCUGAAAUGGCUCGUAUGAAACCUCGCAGAAGUAUAUACUAUCCUGACUUCAUUGCAGCUAAUCAGGAGGAACGAGCAAACAAUAUUAUCUCAGGUUCAAAGACGGAACAGCUUAGUUGGAUUCGAAGAGACAUAUCCGAAUUCAAAACAGCAAAGAACUUGGACAAAAUCAUAAUAGUGUGGACUGCCAACACUGAAAGAUUCACAGAUAUUAUUCAAGGGGUUAAUGAUACUGCUGACAACUUGUUAAAGUCUAUAAAAGAAAAUCAUCCAGAAGUCAGUCCUAGUACUAUGUUUGCUGUUGCAGCUGCACUAGAAGGGUGUACAUACAUAAAUGGCUCACCACAAAAUGCUUUCGUACCUGGUGCUAUUGAGCUUGCUGAAAGGUAUGAGACCUUCAUUGCUGGAGAUGAUUUCAAGUCCGGUCAGACUAAAUUAAAAUCAGUAUUGGUGGACUUUUUGGUUUCUGCUGGCAUAAAACCUGUAUCGAUAGUCAGCUACAACCACCUUGGAAAUAAUGAUGGAUUUAAUUUGUCAGCCCCGCAACAGUUUAGAUCUAAAGAAAUUUCAAAAAGCAAUGUGGUCGACGACAUAGUUAAGUCCAACAGUAUUCUCUACGAACCUGAGGAGAAGCCAGAUCAUUGCGUCGUCAUUAAAUAUGUUCCAUACGUUGGUGAUAGCAAACGCGCGUUGGAUGAGUACACCUCUGAAAUAUUACUCGGUGGACAUAACACGAUAGUUGUUCACAACACUUGUGAAGAUUCUUUAUUGGCUACUCCAAUAAUAUUGGAUUUGGUUAUUCUAGCUGAACUUUUUUCACGCAUAACUUUUAAGCAGAAUGAAUCUGAAAAUGGAAUCUUCACAGGGUUCCAUAAUGUACUUUCGAUUCUUUCAUAUUUGUGUAAAGCACCACUAGUCCCUCAGGGUGCUCCCGUGGUUAAUGCAUUAUUCAAACAACGGGCAGCGAUCGAAAAUGUCUUGAGAGCUUGUCUGUCGUUGCCACCAGAAAACAGCAUGCUCUUAGAGCACAAAGUGUACUUUCCAAAGAACAUCUGAACAUUGAAAACUUCUUCAUUGAAAGAAUCGUUUCAAGGAUAGUCAGCGAGAAUUUUAAUUUUGCGUAAUUUUCAUGGCAAUUAUAAUAGACAGUUUUAAUCAUAAUAGAUAGUUUGUAGCCACAAUUACAAAGCGAUUAUUAUGCAUCUAGAUAACUGUCCUGUUCUGAAAGAAUCUCAGAUUCCUCAAACGGUAGCUGCUAUUCUGAUAACUUGAUACGAAUUCUCACGACAGACCAUACGUUUAAUGGAGCUGAAUACGCUUAAAAAUAACCAUAAUAAUAAUAAUUGACGUAUAGUUUAAAUAUUUUUUUUCUCGGGAGCCACAUUACAAAAAUAAGAUUAGAAAAACCAAAGUAUGAAUUCUAAAAAAAUGUUGUAUAUCAUGAAAAACAUGGGAUAAUUGUAGUUGAUUCGGUGCGUAGAAAAAUAUAAUCAUGUUGACAGCAAACAAACGUUGUUAUAGAAAAAAAAAUUUAUUUUCAUAAAAUAAAUUAUUGAAUUUUAAUAUGGGUGACAAACUGAUUCAUAUGUUAUUCAGCAAGUCGUUUUCUCUGUUUUCAAACUGAGUUUAUAAUCCCUAAGCUUUCUAUGAUUGCAUCUUUGUCAGUAAAAAAAACUCAAUUCGAUAACAUGGUAGUUGUUUUCAAUUUCAUCCACAGACUUGCAAUAAUAAAGUUUUCACCCUUUACUUUUGGAAUCGGUUUUGUCAAAGUGAUCAAACGACUUUUUUGUUCGAUUUAAUUGAUGUUAGUAGUGAAUGUUGAUAUGAUACUGCAAAGUUUGUAAUUUAUCUGUAAAUGAAUAAAUUUAUGUGUCAAAAA